AUGGCUCCUGCUCAAGUUCCCACCCGUGUCUUCGCCGGAGUGACCAUCCCGGAUACUCCACUGGUCACCAAGGCUCUCGAGUUCGCCCGCGCCCACCUGGAGGACUACGCCUACAACCACAUCUACCGCUCCCUGCUGUUUGGUUUCAUCAUCGCCGACAAGAUCCCCGAGCUGAGGGAUCGCGAUGUGGAGGCGCACGCCAUCGCGGCCAUUCUGCACGAUCUCGGCUGGGAUCGCACGGGAACACUCAUCUCCAAGGACAAGCGCUUCGAGGUGGACGGGGCCAACGCCGCGCGGGAAUUCCUCAAACGGGAGGGCGUGGCUGAAGAGUGGGAUAAGCACCGCCUGCAGCUCGUCUGGGACGCCAUCGCGCUCCACACCAUCGGCAGCAUCGUCUUCCACAAGGAGCCCGAAGUGCAGGCCUGCUCGUACGGCAUCUGGGCCGACUUCCAGGGUCCCGACCGCGUUCCCAACGGCCUGCUGACAUGGGAUGAGUACAACAGAGUUGUGGCUGAGUUACCGAGACUGGGGUUGAUGAAGGGCCUCAAGGAGGUCAUGUGCAAUCUCUGCAGGACCAAGCCCGAGACCACCUACGACAACACGGUGGGAGAGUGGGGAGACAAGUACGUCGAGGGAUACAGUCGGAAGGGCAAGCUCACGCAGGACCUGUUGGACACCUGUAAUCUGGACGAGCUGCACCCUUAA